AUAAUUUGAUUGAGUUGUGAAGAGAUGGCGCGACUGAAUUUUUAGAAUCAAAUAUCCUAAUUCGCUAUUCUUAACCAUAAACUUUAUAUUAUGAGUUGAAGAACCGGCUGACGGAUAUACAAACAAUAUGAGUGGAAGCAGAAAAAAAUCUCAGCAAGAAAUGAUAACGCCUUAUAAAUUGUCAGUGGCUAUUUUACUUCGCAGUUAUUGUCAAUAUAAAGAUUCUGACGAAAAAGGAAUGGUGACUGAUUUUGAAAAUGUUAAGUACAAGAAAUCAUUUUGUUUACUUGCUCUGAGGGUUUUGCAAGGCCCAGAUCUGAAGCUAGCAGAAUUGAAACAACUCCUAGUUUCGCGUCCUGAACUGGAAUCUAUGUCCCAAAAUUUUAAUGAGACGCUGCAGGAGGUGUAUUCAAGUGGUGUUGGUUUUCUGUUGGAUAUUGUGGACAAUUUGAAGCAGUUAAUGUCAUAUAAUAAUCAAAAUUUAAAUGAGAGUAAGCCUAUGAGUGUGACAUCCAUAACAGUUUCCAAGAACAGCGUCGUCGGUUAUUUUCUAAGAAGAUUCAUAAUGUACUUUGAAAAAUUGACAUUUUCUGAAGUUGCCGGGUUGUAUCGGUCCUUCCAGAGAUAUUUCAGUGAGUGGAAGGAUGAUUGUAUAUCUAAAAUUGACAAUACUGAAGUAAAGUACCAAGAGUGGUAUGCCAAUGAAACUGUAUGGUCAAGAAGACAGGCUGAAUUAUUUCUCGCAACCCAAGCCACUUUGUUACAAAAUAAUGAAGAAAAAGCACUCUCCCCCGAAGAGCUACAAAAUAAGAUUUCCAGCAUCCUAAAGUCCAACCCUGAAUUGGCAGAAGCACACUUUAUGUCAUUCCUAAAUUAUCUAAGGGUCGAAGAAUUUUGUGGCGCGAUACAAAGCUUGACGCAUUGCUUUGAUAGACGGCCAAACCUGGACGUAAAAUGUUACAGCGUUGAAAAAAGCAAGGAGCAUCGCUAUGCUGCUCUCAAUUUGGCAAUUUUGCUGCACCAUUUCGGGCAUACGAAAGAAGCAUUAGCGUCUUUACGGGAAUCUAUUAAAACCGCGCACGAGGCAAACGAUAACCUCUGCCUCCAGCACGCUUUGUCUUGGCUCUACAGACUGUCCAACGUCAACAAGGAUAAUUUAAUUGUUCAAUGCAUUAUUAAAACGUUCGAAUUGAAUAUGAGUUACACUACGUCGUUGGCGUUGCAAAACUUCGCGCACUACGCAAGCGCCAAGGUGUCGGUCCAGCCGUCUGUGAUCUUUGAGACCUUCACAAAAAGUGAUAUGCUAAAUUGCCAAAACAAUUACAAAGAUCUGAUAUUUAACAACAAUGUAAUGAAAGCGAGCCUGUGGCAACUGUACGGCAAAACCGAAAUGUGUUCCCUGUGGUCUCAAAUGGUGUUAUACCUCAACAUAGAUACAAGCGGUCGUACACACGGAUCACACUACGGAGAAGGAUACCUGCACGCAGUUUGCAACACCGCCUUAGUUAUGCUGUUACAAGGGGAAUAUAAUUUAGUGAAUGCUAUUCUAAACUACGCCAGCAGAAAAUUCCCAAACGAACCGCACUCGAGAGUGUGGACGAUCGUGGAAAACUUUUCAAUAUAUACGCGCGCCCUCUACAACGAGAAAUGGUUAGAGGCGGAAUCGGCCGCGCGAAAGCUGGUCGUUUUCGACAAAUGGGAGGGUUACCUGAAACUUGCCGAGUUGUAUUUCUACAAGCAAGAGUACGAGGAAGCGGCAAAAUACGUAAACCUGAUCUUAAAACUUUACGAUCACGACGAGCAUUUGAACGACGGUAAAUUCUGCUUCCUCCGGGCCAAAAUCUUAUCCGCGGAGAUACAGUUCGCUGCCAGUUAUCCGGAUUGUUCGAAAACGACGUUGAGUCUGAUGAAUUGCCUGACGGAAGCGGAAAAACCAGAACUCGCUUAUCAGGUGUCGAUAAUUUAUUUGAAUUUGGCGAAAAGUCUCCUCGCCAUGGGUCAAACGACCCAGGCGAUGGACACGAUGAAGAACCCCAAAUGCAUGCUGGAAGUUUUUGCGAACGGUGGUUGUUAUGAUAAAGCCAGAGCGGGUUUGCUCUAUGUUAAAUGCCUCGUAGCCGAUUCUGACAAAUUAGACGUCCAAAGUAGGAGAACACUUAUAUUGGAUUGCAUUGGAACAUUGGACGAGGUUAAGACAGGGUUCGAGAAAGUCGAGGCGUUUUCCAGGGUGAAAGACGUUCUUUAUUUGCAGGCCCAACUUUACAACGCGAUCGACAUGAAGACUGAACGGAACAACUGUUCUUUGCAGUACAGGUUGCUGGAUGAGGAGCGCAGGACGAAAAAUUACCAAACUUUGAUCAAGUACCUGUGAAAGUAUUUCAUUAAAUUAAGUCAGUUAAAGGGUUGUUUUUUUAAU